AUGGAUGUUCGCAGCCACCCUCGGGAACGACUCUUCUCGAUCCUCAACGACAACGAUUCUCCGUCGUUCGUCAUCCCUCAGCGCCGGUCCCCGUCGCCCGCCCGCAAAUCUCCCAAACAAGAAAGACCAACAUUAUUCCGGCAAACAGAGUACCAACGCUCAUCCUCGUUCUCCUCCAGUAGCUCUACUCCACCUCUCCUCCGCUACGAUUCCAGCUCCUCCAAGAAUUCCAGCAGCAGCAUGGACUCUUCACCCUCUCCAAUAACUCCUGCAUACAAUUUUGCUGACCCUAAUCUUCUGGCAUACGACAAUGUCAUGCGUCAAGAUCUGGGUGCCUUUCUACCCUCUCCCUCAACAAUAACUCCGUUCAUGGAGAACUCACUCAUGAUCGGUCCCAACCUUUCCGAACAGUAUGCACCGAAAGCGAUGCUCCAACAACCGCCUGUCCAGUAUCCCAUUCUCCCGGCACCUACACUCGCAGAUAUUGCUCAAUUACCGACUCCAGCCUCGACCCAUUCCGCCGCAACAUCUGUUAACAAGACCUCGCCUGUAACGUCGGGACCUGCUCCCGCGACUGGCAAGAACAACAAGUACCCCUGUCCGUAUGCUCAGUCACAUCACUGCUCUGCGACAUUCACCACUUCUGGGCACGCCGCGCGCCAUGGCAAAAAACACACCGGUGAAAAGGGCGUUCACUGUCCCGUAUGUAAUAAGGCUUUCACGAGAAAGGACAACAUGAAGCAGCACGAGCGGACGCACAAGGGCUCGAACGCUAGCAAUUCGGAUGAUGCCCACACCCGUCGAAGUAAAGCAGCCAUUGCGCGAGACGUACAGCGAAACAAGCAUGUCAAAAAACAGGACUCGGACGCCACGUCACUUUCGGAUCCGGCUUCGGGUUCUUCAGUGAAGCGGUCUCCUCCCUCCGAAACUACAUCCCUGGAGCCACUUUCGUCAAAUGAGUUGGCUAUCGGUAUGGGAGAUCCAACAUUUUUCUCGGAACCAAAUCCUCUUCUGCUCCCCCAGCAGCCGAUCCCAGAGAAUAUGUCACCGCCGACAACGAUUUAUCCUCCGAUGACCGACGAUGCACUCAUGUCGGCAAACAACAUGCAGCCGAUGGACGUCAGACUACCACCGCUUCCAGCUGGAAAUCUACCUAUGCCACCGCUGAUACGGGGAUUUUCGGAUCUUGACACUCUCGCACAGGCUGCCGAGAGUUUCGACCCCUGCUACCAAUAG